CUGCCUGGGGGUUGCUGCUCCCACCGCACCAGCCGGUGAUGUGGUGCCGCCCUGCCGGCACUGCUGGGGCUGUGGCACCCGGGUCCUGGGGUCACCAGUGUGUUAGUGGUGCCUGUCACCCCGCCAGAGUGCCUGUGCGGGCAGGGCCGGGCUCUGGGCAGCCCCUGCCUUGAGCAGGGCAUGGAGGGGGCCCUGCCUGUCUCCAGCUCCCCCCUGCCUGGCGCUGUCCCAGUCCCAACAUCUGGGGUGUGCCUCAUCCGCAUCCCUGUCUUGAGGGGAGGGGGGAGAGCAGGAUGUGGGUCAGGGCGUGCUGUUGUAUGUCUGGAGCUGUACCCCACGGGCACGGCAGCUCCUGGCCGAGCUGUGAGUGGGCGCUAGGGCGCUGUGGGUCCGGGGUGCUCAGUCUCUAUCCGUGGGGCUGUGGCGGCAGCGCCGGCACACGAUUUUCAGGGGUGAAGGAUGCUCUCAGCUGUUGCCUGGGCAACGGCUCCUCCUCCAGCCCACCAUGUGGCUCGGGGAGCGCUCCCCCGCCUGCCUCCCCCCGCCGCCGUGGGGAAGGGGAAGGCAGCUCCCGGCCCCCGGCGCUGGCGGGGCCGGAGGCCUGGCCCCCCCCCUCGCCCGCCAUCGCCGUGCCCUGACGAUGCCCGAGGGCCCCGCCGUGCCCCCCGCCUCUGCGUUACCCCCGCCCCGAGGGAGCACCCGAGCCCCCCUGCAUGGCCGCAGCCCCCUGCCCGCCGAGGGUGCUGCUCGGGCACCCCCACAACCGUCGAGCCGGCUCUGCCGGGCGGCCGCGGCCACGCUUUGAGGUCCGAUCGCAGGAGGCGAGUUUUGACAAGCUACCUGCGGCGGCGGGUGAAACGGCAGCAGGAGGAGCGGCUGAGGGAGCAGAGCCUACGUGCGCUGGAGCUGGAGCCGCUGCACUACGAGGGUUAUGGGGGCAGCCCCCCCGGCAUCGCCAUUCCCCACCGCCUGCGCCUCGAGCCCCACCAUCAUCACCCCCACCACAUCCCUCCCCCCCGGCCCUGGAGCUGCCGGCACGGGGUCCGGGGGGGGCUUUGCCUUGCAGAGUCAGACCUGUCAAAGCCGCCGUGUUAUGAGGAAGCGCUGCUGAUGGCGGAGCCCCCCCCACCAUACAGCGAGGUGCUGAUGGACACACGGGGGCUCUACCGCAAAAUCAACGCCCCAUUCCUGAGCCACGAGCGGCUGGAGAAGCAGGAGCAGCCCCCCAGCUACAAACCCCUUUUCCUGGACGCCGGCUACGGCUCCGCACUGCACCUGCCCCGCUCGGCCAGCCCCGGCCCUGCCUGCCCGGACCUCUACCUGCAGGCAGAGUGCUCCCCUCGCAUGUUCCCCAGCUGGACGGACUCGGAGCUCAGCAGCAGGGACACCUACGAGCCAGGACCCUGGCACCUCCCGGUCUCCAUGCCCCUCUUCGGCAGGACUACCGCUGUCUAACGGCGGCACCGGGGGACCCCCGGACCUUACUGCGGGUGCCCCUCCGGCACUGGAGGAGGAGGGGAGAUGGGAAUUGGGGUUCGGUUACCCCCAUCACCCCGGGGACACCCGCCCUGGCGCGGGCCAUCGCCGCCGGCGCGGAAGGGGCUGGUUCCCCGCCUGGCCCCUGCUCCCCCCCCCCCAGCCGGGGGCUCUGGGGACCCGGACUCUGCUCUUGUUUCUUAACUUUUUUGUUUGUUACAGUUUGAGAAUAAAAGUUUGUGGCUCGG